GGGGGCUGAGUACGCCUGCGCGGGAGCAUGCGACCCGGAAGUACUCCAUCGGCUACCCGCAGCCCGGUUGCUGGAAGUGGCCCUUGCAUGCUGUUUCUGUAGACGGUUUCCUACUUCUCUGCCUCCUCCGCCCGUGCUUGCCCGACGCGACCAUGUCCCGAGGUUCCAGCGCUGGGUUCGACCGGCAUAUAACUAUUUUCUCUCCCGAGGGACGCCUCUACCAAGUAGAGUAUGCGUUUAAGGCCAUAAAUCAGGGUGGCCUUACAUCAGUAGCUGUUCGUGGGAAGGACUGUGCUGUUGUCGUCACACAGAAGAAAGUACCUGACAAGCUACUGGAUUCUAGCACAGUGACCCACUUAUUCAGAAUAACUGAAAACAUUGGAUGUGUAAUGACAGGAAUGACAGCUGACAGCAGGUCCCAGGUGCAAAGAGCCCGCUAUGAGGCUGCAAACUGGAAAUACAAGUACGGCUAUGAUAUUCCAGUGGAUAUGCUAUGUAAAAGGAUUGCAGACAUUUCUCAGGUCUACACACAGAAUGCUGAAAUGAGGCCUCUUGGUUGCUGCAUGAUUUUGAUUGGCAUUGAUGAAGAAAACAAUCCUCAGGUAUACAAAUGUGAUCCAGCAGGAUAUUACUGUGGAUUUAAGGCCACGGCUGCAGGAGUCAAACAGACAGAAUCAACUAGCUUUCUUGAAAAGAAAGUGAAGAAAAAAUUGGACUGGACAUUUGAACAGACAGUAGAGACAGCAAUAACCUGCCUCUCUACUGUUUUGUCUAUUGACUUCAAACCUUCUGAACUAGAAGUAGGAGUUGUCACAGUUGAAAAUCCUAAAUUCAGGAUCCUUACAGAAGCGGAGAUCGAUACACACCUUGUUGCUCUAGCAGAGAGAGAUUAGCUCUAUUUAGAAUUCCCAAUUCCGUGACUUCAGACCACAAUGUUUGGUGAACCAAACUUAUUAAUGGCUCUGGAUAUAGGCUGAAAAUGGUCACUAUCUGAUGUAUGCUCACUACCUGAUGUAUUUUACUCUGGACAAAUAAAGUGGAGGUUUUGGAAA